UCUUUCUUUAUUCUUUCCGGUUCAGUUAUAUUUUUUUAAGGAUCAGAGACCUCACUCCACCUCACUCCUCGGUCGAUGUGUAUCGAGAAUCAUAAUCUCAAGUCUGAAGGGAUAAUUAGUCUCACCUCCAUCUCUCGCAGCCCUAGGCAAUGGCGCACAAGGUGUCAACGAUAGUGCUGAAGGUUGAUCUUGCAUGCUCACGCUGCAACGAUAAGAUCAGGAAAGUCCUCUGUAAAUACCGCGAGAGAUAUCAAAUACAGGAGGAGAUAUAUGAUGAGAAAAACAACACCGUCACCAUCAGUGGCCCCUUCUGUCCCAGGAAGCUCGCUAAAAAGCUCUGCUGCAAAGCUAGAAAUGCCAUUAAAUGCAUCAAGAUCGUCGAGAAAAAGCCUCCACCGCCUCCUCCUCCCUCCGAGCCCGACCCUCCGCCUCCAUCUCCGCGGCCUCCUCCUUCCAUCGUGGAUGUUGAGGUUCCUCCGCCGCCUCCUCCUCCAGCCGAACCCAAGCCUAAGCCUCCGCCUCCUCCCCCACCACCGGCGCCAGAACCAGAACCAAAACCAAAACCAAAACCCACUCCUGAACCGGUCUGCCCACCGGCCCAACCAAUAGGGGGUUGUUGUGGACCAUGUUAUGAGGGAUAUGGAGGGGGACCAUGUCAUGAAGGUUAUGGAAGGCCACAGCCGUGCGAUUGUGGCUGUGGAGGAUCGCGAUCUACGUGCUAUGAUGACUGGGGAAGGAGACCACAACCAUGCGAUUGUGGCUGUGGAGGAUCGCGAUCUACGUGCUAUGAUGGCUGGGGAAGGAGACCACAGCCGUGCUAUUGUGGCUGUGGAGGAUCACAGUCGACGUGCUAUAAUGGUUGGGGAAGACCACCACAACCGUGCCAUUGUGGCUGUGGAGGAUCGCAAUUGCAGUGCUCUAGGAGAUAUGGAAGAUCGAGUUACGGGAGCCCCUACGGUCUCUUCAAUGAAGAAGACCAGAAUUCAUGCAUCAUCAUGUAAUGUUUGAUGUUGCAGACCAACCCACCCUCUCUCCCUCCCUGCCUUUGUCUUGGUCCAUUUUCAAUAAACCGGACCAGGUGGUUGGUCCACUAAUUGAAGGGUUUAAUUUGUGAUGUUUUGGGUGAUGUGGGUUCAUUUAGAGUUUCUAUUCUCAUUCUCUCUUCUAAGCUUUUACAAAUUAAGAUUCAACAAAGUAGUGAGAAUCUAUAUUGUAAUGUUCGAAUAAAAGUGGGAAAGUUCAUUGAAUUUUCA